AUAACCAUUUUAUCCUUAAAAAGCAGGUAGUUUUGUAUAAGUGUAUUUUUGUUUAUUAGCAGCAUUGGCUUGGUCAACAGUUGAAUUUUGUCUUUAUCUUGAUUAUCAAUUGAUGGUAUUGUUACAUUUUAGAUUAUGUGAAGUAAUAGUAUAUAGUAAUAGGGUUAUAAUUUAAGAUGAAGGAAGUUAAUGGAGAAAGAUGAGAUGAGAAUGGAUGGGUUAUUCCAUUAUGAACACAAGUAGGCAGAUGAACCAAUGAAAUGAAAAGUAUGAUUUAAAAUUCCAAUUGCUAUCAACCAUAAAUAGUUGUAGGCUAUAUUUGUUUAUUAGGAAUGAAAGUGACUACAUAUGUAAAUCUCAUUUUAAAUUCAAGAUUAAGAGAGUGAGAUUCCUCCCAAUAUACAAAGUGACUCAUUACAUGUUUUUAUUUUAUUACAUUUCUUAAAUCCUAGUUGAACAAAACUUUAGUAGAAAUUUAGACAUUUUUUUAAAUAAAAAUAAUGCAAAGACAAUCGACAGAUAUGGAAGAACAAUUAUCGAAAAGUUAAACUAAAUAAACCGAUAUAAUACACUCUAAUCUUGAUUUGUAAUUCGUAUUACCGUUCCUUUCUAUGUGUUCAAUUAGACUCUACUUCUACUUCUUAUCAUUCUCAUCAAUUUCAUCAUACACGAGAGUCUAUUACAUUCUCGCCUUUUAAACCGACUCUAUAAGUUGAUGACUAAACUUGUAAUUUAGGGUGUUCGGAGUUACGUGGCUUGCCACCAUUUGUGUGAGGGAAAUAGGAAAGUCAGUUAAGUAGCAUAUUAUUUUAUGGAGCUUCACUACACUUCAUUCAUGUUUCUCAAUCUUCUCCACUUUUCCCCCAUAACCUCAACUUCUCCACCUUUCUUCUUUCUCCUUCCUUUUCUUUUUGUUGUUCUUUCUUUUUUCCUUUUCACUUUCAGUCAUCUCUUUCUUCUUUCUUAUCUCUCUCUCUCUCUCUCUCUCUAUAAUCUCUCUCUGUUUUUGUUUUCUUCUGCAAGGAGCUCUGAACCCACCACACAACUUCAAUCAAACCUGAAAUUGAGAGUACCCAUCAUUUUCUUUCCCACUUAAAACCCUCAUAAAUCUCCCUAAAUUCUUAUUCUAUUGGACUAUAUAACUUCCUACCAUCCGAUCCGAUCCUAUUCGUCAACGGACCAAACAUUUCUUCACACAAAUUAUGGAACAGAACAUCGCACCCCCCGUUCUUGAAGAAUCCCAGAUUGUUUUGCCUCCUGGAUUUCGAUUUCACCCAACUGAUGAAGAGCUUAUUUCUCACUAUCUAUGUAAGAAAGUGGUGGACUCCAAUUUCUGCUGCAAACCCAUUGGAGAGGUCGAUCUCAAUAAGUCUGAGCCUUGGGAUUUACCCUGGAAAGCAAAAAUGGGGGAAAGGGAAUGGUACUUUUUUUGUUUAAGGGAUAGGAAGUAUCCAACUGGAUUGAGAACAAACAGAGCUACUGAAUCAGGGUAUUGGAAAGCCACUGGAAAAGAUAAAGAGAUUUAUAGAGGAAAAAUUCUUGUGGGUAUGAAGAAAACUCUUGUUUUCUAUCGUGGAAGAGCUCCAAAAGGUGAAAAAUCCAACUGGGUUAUGCAUGAAUUCAGGCUGGAAGGGAAAGCCUCUGUUAUUAAUCUCCCUAACACUGCAAAGAAUGAAUGGGUGAUCUCGAGGGUGUUUCAGAAGAGUUGUGGAGGGAAAAAUGUUCACAUUUCUGGGUUAGUUAAAUUGGGUUCCUGUUCUUCUGCUUUGCCGCCAUUGAAGGAUUCUUCUUCUUCAUUAUCACCAUUUAAGAUCAAACCAGUUUCUGAAUUGGCUCACGUGCCCUGCUUCUCCAACACCAUGGAUUCUUCUCAAAGAACCUUACCUAAAAUAAAUGAUUGUUCUUUCAAUUUCUCUUCCUUUUUCCCCACAAUUUUCCCAAGAAACACACAGCCCACUUCAUUACUCAAUCCCCAAUCCAUCUCUUUCCCUUUAAAUUUACAGUUUCAGAACAUGGCUCGAACAGAAGCGGAUGGAAGAAUCAGUGUCUCUCAAGAAACAGGUCUAACCACUGAUAUAAACAAUGAAAUCUCUUCUGUUGUUUCGAAUCUCGAAAUGGUUCGAUUACCAUUUGAAAAUCAACACAAUCCUUCUGCUUCAACCGUGCCAUUGAUGAACCCACCCAUGGUGUGGAAUUACUAAAGAAACUCAAAAAGAUGGCUGCCUUUCAAUAGAUGAAUUAUGUGUAAAUGGGUUUUUUUUUUUUUCUUUCUUUUCUUUCUACUUUGGAGUUCGUUUUGUUUGUGUGAAAGUGAGGUUGAAGCCGUACUUUAAUGGCUUCGUAGCCAUUGAAGAUCUUAUGUUGAGAUUAUUGUUAAAGAAGUUGAAUGAAUAUCAAUAUGAUAUGAUAAGGAUAAUGGAUGGUCUGUCUCCAUCUUCUCUCUUUUUCAAAAACGAA